AGGAGGACUGACUGGAAGCAAACGUAAACAAAACACAGCCACGGCUGUCACCUACGUGGACUGUUUAUUUAUUACUAUUGUUAUCAACUCUACUCACCUGAGGAGGUUGUAUAUUGUAUUGCUGAUGACUCUGUUCGUCAACCAGAGGAAGAUGUGAGGAAUACAACGUGUGCUUUAGUUAAAUAAGGAAAGAACUGAAAGGAGGGGGAGGACAUCAGAAACUCAGCCGGCCAGAUCUUAGCUUGUGUGUCUUGCCAGGGCUGCCAUUUGAUGCUGUGUUCCCCUCGGUGGCAUCAGCAAGCUCAGCAUCAUGAGUGUGGUGCAGGUGAUCAAGAAUUAUGUGGUCAAGAUGAUCACGGAGAGCGAGCCGGGGUACAAGAUCAUGCUGAUGGACAAGGAGACGACAUCAUUCGUCAGCGUGGUCCUGGGCAUGAGUGAGGUGAUGAGGCAGGAGGUGUACAUGUUUGAGCGGCUCGACCAGACAAGCUCUGGGGAGAACAUGUCCUACCUCAAGUGUCUGGUGUACAUCCGUCCCACCAGGGAAAAUGUGGACCUGCUUGUGAGGGAGCUGCAGAAACCCAGAUAUGGCAAUUAUUACAUAUAUUUCAGUAACGUAGUGAGCAAGAGCGACGUGAAGCUGCUGGCAGAGGCUGAUGAGCAGGAGGUGGUGAGGGAGGUGCAGGAGCUGUACGCUGACUACCAGGCGCUGUCCCCUCACCUCUUCUCCCUCAACAUGCCCAUACACUCCCAAGGCCUGAAGUGGGCGAGUGGGGCCCUGCAGCGGACCGUGCAGGGUGUGGCGGCUGUGCUGUUCAGCCUGCAGGUGCUGCCCUCCAUCCGUUACCAGAACAACUCAGAGAUGGCCAGAGUCCUCGCCGAGAAUAUUAGACAAACCAUCUUGAAUGAGAGUUCCCUGUACAACAGUCCAGAUGCCGAGGGGAACACUCUACUGCUCAUCCUGGACCGCAGAGAUGACCCAGUCACUCCUCUGCUCCACCAGUGGACAUAUGAGGCAAUGGUGCACGAGUUGCUUGGGGUGGCCAGUGGACGGGUGAGUCUGGCACACGUGGCCGGCGUGGCGGAUGACUUGAAGGAGGUGGUGAUGUCCCCCACACAGGAUGAGUUCUAUGCCCAGAGCAUGUACCUGAACUAUGGGGAGAUUGGGCAGACCAUCAAGGACUUAAUGGAGGAUUAUCAGAAGAGGCUCUCCAAUCAGCAAAAAGUAGAGACAAUAAGUGACAUGAAGAGCUUUGUCGAGAAUUACCCACAGUUCAAGAAAAUGUCGGGCACAGUGAGCAAGCACGUGACAGUGGUGGGGGAGUUGUCUCGGCUGGUGGGCAAUCACGCGCUGCUGGCCAUCUCAGAGUGUCAGCAGGAACUGGUGUGCGGCUCAGACCACUCGGCCAACCUUCAGAGGAUCCGGCAGCUGGUGACAGACCCCAAGGUGCGGGAGAUAGAUGCAGCCGUGCUGGUGAUGCUGUAUGCGCUGCGGCAUGAAGGUCACCCCAACACUGAUUUGAAGGGACUUGUCUCAGCCCUCAACAAGCGCAGUGUUGGCGACCGUUACCUCAAGCUGCUGUCCUCACUCAUGGACUAUGGCGGAGCAAGGGCCAGACAGAGCGACCUAUUUGGCACCCAGCUACCACAGGAUGUAUCUGGCAUCAGGAAGCGGUUCUUCAAGGGACUGAAGGGCGUGGACAACGUGUACACACAACAUAAGCCACUGCUGCUGGAGACACUGGAGGAAGUGAUGAAGGGACGACUGCGUGAGGGAGCCUUCCCAUACUGUGGCAAUGCUCCCUCCAUGCCUCCAGGGACAAAACCUCAACAUGUGGUGGUGUUCAUCAUCGGCGGCGCCACCUACGAGGAGUCCCUGGCAGUGCACCAGUUCAACACCAAGAGCAGCAACACUCGGGUCAUCCUGGGUGGCUCCACCAUCCACAGCACGGCCAGCUUCCUCUCCUCGGUGGAGGCGGCGAUGGAGGGAGUGCCGCGCAAGACACUUCGGCUAUGAACAGAGAUGCUGCUCACCUUUGCCGUAGAAGAUCCUGCCUCCUUGCAUUCCAUGUUCCCUUUAUGGGCCUUGAUUUAUGACAAUAUAUUCAUAAAUGUGCAGGAAUCCAGAUCUUAUUUCCCAGGAGUGGAAGUGUUGCUGUCCUACCCACUCCUGUGAGUGUGCAUGUGUGUGUGUACGUGAAUGUGUGUGUGCUUCAGAUCAGGGUUGGUCUAUGUCACAUCCUGAGUGGGAAAGAUGAGGUGUACAGGCAAACCAAAUACUAUAUAUGUAGCUAAUUAAAGCUCUAUACUCCCAUUCCAUUAUCAUGAAGGUUUCAUAAUCCCAUCUUACUGUUAGUAAUGCUCUUCCUUUCUGAAGUUUAAUUCACAGGCAGUCAGUUUUAGUGAAGAUUUUCCAGAACUGAAUAUUCAUUGAAACCAAUGCCAGUAGAUGACUGAUAGACUGAAUGCAUGAAAUGAUUUGUCACUAUUAAUGGUACUGAAGAAAAAUAUAUAUCUUUCUAUUUACAUAUUUAUUAUUUGAUACAUAAAUGAGAUCAUAUUGUGACCCAACAACAAACAUACUGAAAACCCAACAUUAAAAACUCAUAACCUUGUCA